CGAAGCCGUGCCUCGCAAGGCAGCACGAGGAUUUCGUGCACCUCAUUUCAGGUACUGUACCUCAGACCGAGUGUCGUCGGGAAGACCACGACCUCCACAAUCGAGCCCAUAAGUCAGUGCAGAGGCCCGCGCCUGCACCUGUGCAGCGAUUGUGAAUGCGGUCAGCGCUCGCUCUUUGCCGGAGAUUGCGCACCACCACGAGCAACUCCCUCGUCGCAGACUCCGCUAAGAAGAGUGCCACCCUUCGAUCAGCAACGCGACCUGGCUCGCCGCUGGGCCACCGCACUGCCGUACGCUUCCUCGGGCCCGCUUCUCCUGGGACCUGGUUUUACGCGGCUACGCCCGCGCGCUUCCAGUCUUCAUCCCCGACUUCCGGAGCAUCUCCUUCCCCUCCCCCUAACGUACCCGUCAACCGUUCUUCCGACGAGACCGAGACGAUGAACGGCACCAGCCAGAUGACCACCCGUUCCAAGCGCAAAGAGCCGCCAUAUGCCGUCGAUGGCCGGCGUUCGAAGCACCAGCGCUCCAAUGGAGAGGAGUCCUCCGCCGGCGAGAACACCUCAAUCGUGCAGGACGAGGCAGACGGCGGGUUUGACGACUACGAAGACCAUCGGUUGCCGGCCGUCCUCCCCGCCGGUCCGGACACGGCCGAAUGGCAAGCUACCAUAGAGAAGGUGGUGCGGAAUGUCGUCUCAAUACGCUUCUGCCAGACGUGCUCGUUCGACACGGACCCGGCGCUGACCAGCGAAGCGACUGGGUUCAUCGUCGAUGCCGAGAGAGGUUAUAUCCUGACCAACCGCCAUGUCGUCGGCUCGGGCCCGUUCUGGGGCUAUUGCGUUUUCGACAACCACGAGGAGGUCGACGCCUACCCGGUGUACCGUGACCCUGUCCACGAUUUUGGUUUCCUCAAAUUCGACCCAAAGGCCAUCAAGUACAUGCCCGUGACCGCGCUGCCGUUGCGGCCGGACCUUGCCAAGGUUGGCAUCGAGAUCAGGGUGGUCGGCAACGAUGCCGGCGAGAAGCUCAGCAUUCUCUCCGGCGUCAUCAGCAGGUUGGACCGCAACGCGCCCGAAUACGGCGAAGGGUACAGCGACUUCAACACGUGCUACUACCAGGCCAGCGCAGCGGCCAGCGGAGGGAGCUCCGGCUCUCCGGUGGUCAACAUCGACGGGUACGCCGUCGCGCUGCAAGCAGGCGGCAGAGCAGACGGUGCCGCCACCGACUACUUCCUCCCGCUCGACCGGCCGCUCCGAGCGCUGAAGUGCUUGCAGGAGGGGAAACCGAUCACCAGAGGCGACAUUCAGUGCCAAUUCCUUCUCAAGCCGUUCGACGAGUGCCGGAGGCUAGGUUUGACUCCCAAGUGGGAGGCCCAGAUGCGAAAGGCCUUCCCCAAGGAGACGAACCUGUUGGUCGCGGAAAUCGUUCUUCCCGAAGGUCCAUCGCACCGAAAGAUUGAAGAGGGCGACGUGCUGAUCAAGGUGAACGGCGAGCUGCUCACCCAGUUCAUCCGCCUGGACGACAUCCUGGACUCCAGCGUCGGCAAGCCCGUCAAGCUCCUCCUCCUCCGCGGCGGCCAGGAGGUGGAGGUGGAGAUCGAAGUCGGUGAUCUGCACAAGAUCACCCCGGAUCGGUUCGUCUCCGUAGCUGGGGGUAGUUUCCAUAACCUCUCGUAUCAGCAAGCCCGGCUCUACGGCGUCGCCUGCAAGGGCGUCUAUUCGUGCGAGCUUGGCGGAUCCUGGCGGUUCGACAGCGCCGAGAGUGGCCACAUCAUCUGCUCCGUCGACAACAAGAAGACGCCCGACCUUGACACGUUCAUCGAGGUGCUCAAGGGCAUCCCGGACAAGUCGCGCGUCGUGGUUACGUACAAACACCUGCGCGAUAUGCAUAAUCUUCACACCACCAUCAUCUACGUCGACAGGCAUUGGUACAAGAAGAUGAAGCUGGCUGUCAGGAACGACGAGACCGGGCUGUGGGAUUUCUCCAACCUGGCGGAUCCCCUCCCGGCAGUCCCGCCCGUUCCCCGGAUGGGCGAGUUCAUCAAGCUCGAGAACACGUCGCACCCCGCCAUCGCCGACCUGGUCCGGAGUUUUGUUCAGGUACACUGCUCGAUGCCCGUCAAGCUAGACGGCUUCCCCAAGAAUAGGAAGUGGGGGAUGGGAGUGGUGAUCGACGCGGACCAGGGGCUCGUGUUGAUAUCGAGAGCCAUCGUCCCGUACGACCUCUGUGAUAUCACCGUCACCAUCGCGGACUCGGUGGUCGUCGAGGGCAAGGUGGUGUUCCUCCAUCCCCUCCAGAACUAUGCCAUCAUCAAGUACGACCCGAGCCUCGUCAAGGCGCCCGUCGCCAGCGCGAAGCUCAGCGCCGAGCCCCUCACGCAAGGCGCUUCGACUUACUUUAUCGGCUAUAACCGGAUCGGGCGCAUUGUCCACGCGGCGACGACAGUCACCGAGAUCUUUGCCGUGACGAUACCGGCCAACCCGGGGGCGCCCAGGUACCGGGCCAUGAAUGUCGACGCCAUCACGGUCGAGUCGAGCCUGAGCAACCAGUGCGGCAGCGGCGUGCUCGUGGCCCAGGACGGCACCGUCCAGGCGCUCUGGUUGACAUACCUCGGCGAGCGCAACGCGUCGACCCAUCGCGACGAGGAGUACCAUCUCGGGUUCGCCACGCCGGCGUUAUUACCCGUCGUCAGGCAGAUCCGGCAGGGUCUCAUCCCCAAGAUCCGGAUGCUCUCGGUCGAGUUCCGCACCAUCCAGAUGUCGCAGGCCCGGCUGAUGGGCGUGGCCGAGGAGUGGAUCCAGCAAGUCGCGCUCGCCAACACGGCGAACCACCAGCUCUUCAUGGUGACCAAGCGCACGUUCGAGCCCAACGAGCGGGAGGAGGCGGGCCUGCGCGAGGGCGACAUCCUGCUGAGCCUCAACGGCAACAUCAUCACCAAGACGUCGGACCUGGACGUCAUGUACGAGCACGAGGAGCUCGACGCGAUCGUGGUGCGCGAGCGCCAGGAGCUGCGGCUCAAGCUGGCGACGGUGGCGGCCGACGACGUCGAGACGACGCGGGCCGUCUCGUUCUGCGGCGCCAUCAUCCACGCGCCGCACCACGCCGUGCGCCAGCAGAUCAGCAAGCUGCACAGCGGCGUCUACGUCUCGGCCAGGACCAGAGGCUCGCCGGCGUACCAGUACGGCCUCGCGCCCACCAACUUCAUCACCCACGUCAACGGCAAGGCGACGCCGGAUCUGGAGUCCUUCUUGGCCGAGGUGAUCAAGAUUCCCGACAAUACCUGUACGUUCUCCGCCUCCUCUUUGCUUUUUCCUUUUCUCCUUUUUUUUUCUUUUUUUUUUCUUGUCGUGCGGUUAUUGAUCGGUCUUGGUUUUGCAGACUUCCGGCUCAGGGCUAUGACCUUUGACAGCGUCCCGUGGGUUGUCACCAUGAAGAAGAACGACCACUACUUCCCAACCAUGGAACUGAUCAAGGACCCCAGCGACGAAUGUGGCUGGCGGCGGAUCACGUACGAAGGCGGAAAGGUGAUACAGGGAGAGGGGCCAGACGGGGUGGUAGGCCCCGCUGGUGAGAGCACGGAUAUGGACAUGGACUGCGAGGUGUGUGACUAGAUGUAUGAUUGUUCAUUAUUAUUUUUUCCCCAUCCCAUCCCUCUCUCUCUCUCUCUCUUUCUUUCUGUUUCCCGGGAAAGGAAUAUUGGCGCUGGCGAGCAAAGGCUAGAGAUAUAUGGGCGUCUUACGGGAUAAGACGCCUUUUUAUAUGAACCGAAACAACAGAGAUGGGGGGAAGCGAGAAUAAUAAAAAAAAAAUAUGGGGGUGUGUGUGCCCUCGGAUGUCGACGUCCGCUGCCAUAUAACAAAGAAAACAGACGUAUCCGCUGGUUUUCUCGAAGUUGUUGUUGUCG